GCGCCUCGCCGCGGGUGAACACGCCUCCGCUUACCGCUCCCGCGAGUGUAAACGCGCGUUGCUGUGAUGAGCCAUCCCAGUCUCGUCAUGGGCGUCGCGCUGCUGGCCGCGGCCGUGGCUGCCGAGCGCGUCUGCGUCGACCCAGGCGGCGCGAGCUGCUCCGAGGCGCCCGACGCCGCCCUCUCUGACGCCCUCUCUGCGAACGAGGUGGACCACAACCGCGAGUCUGCCGAGGCGUGCCGGCACUUCUUCUGCGGCGAUGCGGCGGCGGAGGUGGCUCUGCCCCAGAUGAGCCGCCACCCGCUCGGCCACGGCCCGCUGGUCGACAUCGUCGAGGGCGCCGGCGAGGAGGAGCACUCCAUCUACGUGACGGAGGCGCCGCUCUUCUCGGCGGCCGAGUGCGACGAGGUGGUGGCGCUGGCCGAGGCGGAGGGGGGCGGCCUUCCGAGCACAAAGUCGGGCAAGUACCGCAUUGGCAAGGCCUGGGUGAGGGAGAUGCCGGGUGUGCUGAGCUGGUUCAACGGCGCGCUCGAGACGAAGCUGUACCCGGCGCUGGCGCAGCUCUUCCCGGCGCACGUCUCUUCGACCGCGCAGCUGCGCGCGCACUCGGUCGCCAUCCUCAAGUACAACGAGUCGCACCCCGCGACCGACGUCCACAUCGACGACGCGCUACUCGCCUUUACGGUGGCGCUCUCGCCCUCCUCCUCGUUCGAGGGGGGAGGGACGUACUUCGAGAGCCUGCGGGCGGUGCUGCCGAUGGGGCAGGGCAUGGUGCUGCCGAUGGAGCAGGGCAUGGUCACUUUCCGGCCCGGCGCCGUGCGGCAUGCGGGCCACGCUGUCUCCUCCGGCCUCCGGUACGUCCUCGGCGGCUUCAUCGCGCUCGCAGACAGAGUCGAGCACGUGAGGCGGCUCAACGAGCGUGGCAACCGGCUGCUGCUCGCCCCGUCGCCGACUGCCCCCGAGCUCGAGCAGGCGGACCGGCUGUUUGCGCAGGGGCUGCGCCUCAACCCGCACUGCUCCCUCUGCCACGCCAACCGCGCCGACGCGCUGCUGCGCCUCGACCGGCCUGCAGAGGCGGAGGAGGAGCUCAAGGCGCAGACGGCGCUGCUGCCGCUCGACUCGGACGCCCACUUCUCGCUCGGCGUCGCUCUCCGCGCGCAGGGCCGCACGGCCGAGGCGGUGCAGGCGUACCAGGCCGCGUUGCGCCUCGUGCCGCGCGACUUCGACGCGUGGGUGAACCUCGCCGCCGCACUCGCUGACCUGGAGCGGUUCGGCGAGGAGGCGGACGCCUACGAGCACGCGGCGGAGCUGCGGCCGUCCGAGGCGCUGCCGUGGCUCAACUUGGGCGAGGCGCGCCUCUCGACCGGCGACGAGGCCGCGGCGGAGCUCGCCUUCCGACGCGCCUCUGCGGCUGCACCGACCGACGCGCGGCCGUUCCUCUCCCUCGGCCGGCUGAGCGCUCGCCAGUCGAGACCUGCCGAGGCGAUCGACCUCUUCUACCAGGGCGCGCUCGCAAACUCGGAGUACUUUGACGAGGCGAAGCAGGGCAUCGCCACCGCGCGCACGCAGCAAGGCCGCCUCUCCGAGGCCCUCGCAGACUUCGAGUCGGCGCAGCGGAUGGCGCCGAACAGCGAGAAGGUGCGCGCGGCGGUGGAGGACGUGAGGCGGCAGGCGGCGGCACUCGCGCGCGUCGAGGCCGGCCUCGAGGACCGAGCAGCGGAGGUGUGCGGCACGCCUUGCCGCGACGUGGUCGACACGUCCGGCUACGCGGUGUGCGCCGUCUCGUGGGCGGACGGCUGCGGCGACGCGCCGCCGCCCGACGGCUUCUCCGCCGCCUCACGCGUGGCGGACCUGUGCGAGCGCACUUGCGCCUUCUACCUGCUGCGAAGCGGCGCCGUCGUGGACGAGGCGUCCGGAGAGGCGACGGAGACGGCGGCAGGAGAGGCGAAUGAGGCAGCGGCCGCGCCGUGAUGUGCCGGCAUGCUGUAUGAGCGGAGGGCUAGGCCCCAUUGGCACUACAGUACUGCCGGUCGGCAGCGCGGCGGCGCGUGACGCGGUGGGAGAAGGAAAGCAUUUUUUGUCCAGAUAAAUACCCCAACAUGCAA